AUGGUCAACAAGAAUUCCCAGCUCCUGCACAAUCUCACACUGGGCUACAACCUCGAUGACAACUAUUGGAGCACUUUACGCACUUCAGAUGCCUUGCUGGACAUGCUCUCUACUGGAGAAGCCAAUGUCCCCAACUACAGCUGUGGAAGAAAGGACAACCUUCUGGCUCUUCUUGAUAGAGCUGACAGGGACAUCUCCAUCCAGAUGUCAACAAUAGGAGGCACCUACAAAGUCCCACAGCUCCUAAUUAAUCCAUUGAGCGCUUACCAGCUUAUAGGUUGGUUGGUGUUUGAAAGCAAAAGACUGGACGACCUUUUGGUCUCCCACCUUAACAGAGCAGGCAGAGAGAGAGAAACUUUAACCAAGAUAGAGCAACUCUGUUCGGGUGCUGCUUAUUGUCAGUUUAUGGACAGGCUCUUCCCAGGUUCUGUCACGCUCAAGAAAGUGAAAUUCCAAACAAAGCUGGAGCCCAAAUACAUUCAGAAUUUCAAGGUCCUACAAGCAGGUUUUAAGCGAAUGAGUGUUGACAAAAUAAUACCUGUGGACAAAUUAGUGAAAGGAAAAUUCCAAGACAAUUUCAAAUUUGUUCAGUGGUUCAAGAAAUUCUUUGAUGCCAAUUAUGACGGAAAGGACUACGACCCUGUGGCAGCUCGGCAAGGCCAGGAGACGUGCCCCGUCCUGACUCUGGUGGUCCCAAUGCUGAACAAACCUAAGAAGAACCUCGGCUCUGCCCCAACGAGGCCCAUGGUUGCACAGCGAACAACGGUGGCGAACAAACCGGGGCCUCCCAUGAUCAAAAAGGCUCCUGGGGGAAUCGGAGAGGACGAAUCGGCCGAAUUGAUACAGCAGAUCAAUGCGUUAAAGAUGACCGUGGAAGACUUAGAAAAGGAACGAGAUUUCUACUUCGGGAAACUGAGGAACAUCGAGCUGAUCUGCCAGGAGAACGAAGGCGAAAGUGACCCGGUCCUCCAGAGAAUCGUGGAAAUCCUUUAUCUCUCGCAGGAAGGCUUCGUGAUACCCGACGAAGGAGCCCCCCCGGAGGACCAGGAGGAGUAUUAAGGGCCCCACCGACGUCGACCAGCCGAGCAGCAGAGUCAGAAGUCCGAAAAAUCUUUGCCCCGAUCAUGUGCUUAUCUGUAAAAUACUCUCGUUUUAUUCUUAGAGGACUUUAACUGGUUUCUUUUCGAAAAGUAAAAACAAAACAAAACGAAACAAACAAACAAAAAAAGAGUACCUCUUCAAGUGCACUUUGCGUAAGUUUUACUACUACUUUCCCCCCUCCCCUCCCCCCCACCCUUCCGCUUCCGAUGGGUGCGUGUGUGUUUUAUUUUAUAUUAUUUCUUCGGUUCCUUUUUUCUUUUUGGAGAGCUCUUUUGCCACUUUUCAUAGCGGGACGAUAUUAUCAACAUCCUUCUGGUGUUGUUUGGAAGCAAGAGGCCGCAGACUCGGGGCUACGCGGGGGUCGCUCGGCCGGGCCCUUCCACGACGGAGGAUUGGCAGUGCGUCGUGUUUGGGGAGGGGUGGGUGGGGAAGCAGGAGAGGCUGCCUAGGGAGUGCAAAGGUGGCCUUUCCACCAGGUGCCCUGUGGGGAGAGGAAGGGGGCGUCGAGAGAACUGGAAAGCGACGGAGGAUUUGAGAUGCUCGGGUAGGGGAGAUUAUAGCGUUCCUGGCUUAGAUUGAUCGGGGCUGCGAGUUCGGGAGGUCAGAGGCCAUGUGGAAGUGGGCCCAGCGUGGCUGAGGAUGUGGCAGGAGAAUGGACUUUGUAGUCGGCUCGGUGGCAAGGAAGGUGUGAAGCAGGCGUGCCCGAAAUCGGCUUCUAUGGUUGGUGUAACCUCCAAUAAGACCAGGUUUGUCCAACGUUUGCAACUUUUCAACAAGGGUUGAAAAGUUGCAAAAGCUGGACACGCCCGAUUAAGUUCCUCACUUGAAUCUCCUCCUCCACCUCUUAGCUCCAUCUCUGCCCCUCCCCCCCAAAAAUACGGGGCCAGUCUCUUCCUCGUUGCCCCCCUCUCUCUGCUUCCAAACCAACCCUGUUAUCCUCAACAAACAAACUCCGUUUUGGGAUUCCCUUCUCACCAAACUAAGAUAAUUUCAACAGGGAUGCUGGAUCCAAAAGCAUCGGAGAAGGUUGUAACACUCCACUCUUACUCGACUGGAUUCGCUAGUCGGUUUUUGCCACCUGCGUCAAGAGAUGCCUGGGUGGGGGGCCACACCUCCUUUGCCAGGGCCUCCCCUCAAGUUACCUGCGCAGGUGCGUGCAGAGGACCGGUGGGGGAGAAAAAAAGAGAAAUCGCGUAUUAAAUAGGCGAGCCGAAGUUGCCGGAGAUAAUCAGAGCGUUCCGGUGAAUUUUUGAUUAUUGCAGUAUUCUGUGUUUGACCCUCUCCCCCUCCCUCCCCUCCCCAAUGGCUGCUCCUUGGGGGGGGGGCUUUCGGAGGUUUGGGAACACCCCCCCCCUCAAUCCCACCCCUCAUUCCCUCCCCUCGCCCACAGCAAAGACUAAGCUUCCGGCUUGGUGCGUUCCUUUUGUCCGUUUGCUUCUGGUGGUUGUGUGUGUGUGUCUCGAUGUGUGUAGAAAAGCAGAGUUAACGGUAACUUGUUGUGUAGUGCAUGAUUUCCUUAUGACAAUUCGGCGGGAGACCCACGUUUUGGACGAAUGCCAAAAAAAGAAAAGAAAAAAAGGAAAGAAGGGAAAGAAAGAAAGAAAAGAAAAAAGAAAGCCAUUAUUUAAAACAUCAGAGGUGCUGUUUCUCUUGUGUGGCCUUCUAAAAUACCUGUUUUUUGCCCUACAACGAUAAUUCAAAACCAGACUCCUUUUGACAGGGUUUUUUUCUACUUUUAAAACGGUUUCUAAAUAAAGUUCUGUUAUUUCAAGAAG